AUGGCUUCGAUGACGAGUCACGCCUACCCUGUCUACACCGGAACAUGGACCAACUGGUCUCGAGGGUCAGUCCUCGGGGCAAGAUUGACGUUGACCGACGAUAACGCCAACCUCCUGAUCGCCUUCUUCGCCUUCUACAUCACACUGGUCACAUCGAGGCUGUGGGCCAUAGCCUGCUUUGUUUUCCACCGCUCCUAUUCUUCGCCCAACCCCCAGGAUACACUGCACCAUCAACGACAGGUCUUUCUGCGUACCAACCCAGAGCCGGCCUCUGGCUUCUUGAGCCUCUUCGAGCUCCUGUUCGCCUGGAGGGGCAAGGCGAGGCGCGUCUACCGCCGUCUGCUGCCCCUUAUCACGCUUGCGGUCCUUCUGGCUGUCGGCUUUGCGUUCGCGACGGGCUACUCGUCACGAGUUGCAGUUGAUCACGAGGUCUUAUUGAUUGGGUCAGGUUGUGGCAUUGUCGAAAGUCAGGUGGGGAGGUCGAUUGAGGAGUUCGACUCGGUGCUAUAUCCCUCUGUGGCCAGUGAGGUCGAGACUGCGGCCAACUACGCCCAACAAUGCUAUCAGCCAUCCUCAUUUGCAACGCUCAGCUGCGACACCUUGGUCCAGACGAGCCUGAACUCGACGGUGGACCUGAAUGCGCCAUGUCCCUUUGACAACAGCUUGUGUCGUCACAAGGAUGCCAACAUCGAACUGGAUACGGGCUUCCUCGACAGUCACGAAGACUUCGGCAUCAAUGCUCCCUCGUCAGAGAGGUUCAAAUACCGGAAGGUCGUGCAAUGCGCACCCCUCGCCACCGAUGGUUACACGUCGAAAGUCAAUAUCUCUGAUGACCGACCAUACACCGGCUACCAUUACGGAAACAGUACUGUCAGGGACUUUAAUUACACAUACGGCUACUCCAAUGACAAAGUUUGGGAACAGUACCGUGCAAAUGGCAUCAUCUUCGUAGAGUCUAGUCCUGAUAGCUGGUAUCAAGCCACAGUUCUGGUCAACGCGACCUCCCGGGCGGGCACCGAGACCGUGCCCGUCUACAUCCAAGCCGAAGCUGCAUCGCCAUUGGGCUGUACUGAGCAGCACCAAAUCUGCAACCCCAACCUGUCCCAAGAGCAAGGCUGCACGCCCCUGCGCGGCACACUGGACAUCAUAGACAUAGCCCUGGCCCUGUACGAAGACGAGUCGGCGCAAACCCGACUGGAGUAG